UAAUUGGCCGAGCCUGAACGAAUGAAGCCCUACAACCAGAGUUGCUUUCUGGCUGCUCUAUGCUCGAGUUGCGAUUCUGCUCAUAAUUUCUACAAUUUAUGAAGUAGCCGAAGAUUUGAAGUGGAGAGAACUUGACGGCUUGCUUCUAUCUCGUUUCAGUGGUGACGUCGACGUAGCUCCGGUGCUCAUAGACUCGCAGUUGCUCCAUGGGAAGUCCAGUAUCACCAGUGUUCACGCUAGUAGGAUAUUUUCAUCAAGCAGUAUUCUUGUUGCAACAAGAGCCUCCUACCUGAAGAUAUGGUUGACAUUGAAGAUAAAUGCAACGUGUGCAUGAAAGAAGCCAGUCAAAGAUGUGCGGGAUGUCAUAUUGUGUAUUACUGCAGCAAAGAUCACCAGAAAAAAGACUGGAAGAAACAUAAAGGAAACUGUAAGCCAUACAAAAUAUGCGUGAACGAAGUGUUGGGCAGACACCUGGUGGCGUCCCGCGACCUGAAGCGGGGCGAGGAGGUGUUGCGGGAGCGGCCUCUAGAGGGUCCCAGCCAGGUGACGCCGCCCGUGUGCCUGGGGUGUCUGCAAUCGGUCACCGCCCUCAACAGCCAGCAGUGCGCCCGGUGUGGAUGGCCCCUAUGCGCGCGCACCCAAUGCCACCAGUCGCCCGACCAUACACCUGAGUGUGACUGGGCCGCAAGCAAGCGCGGUAGUAAGGUGAGAAUAAGUCAAUUCGUUUCUCCGCAUCCAAGCUAUGAGUGCAUCACUCCAUUGAGAAUUUGUUACCAGAGAGAAGCCAAUCCUGCCCUAUGGAACAAACUCAAUGAGCUGGAAUCCCACAGCGAUGCCAGGUGCAAUUCCAUGAAGCAAUUGGCUGAUACAAAGUCUAUCGCCGAGUUUCUUCACAGGUUCUACAAUAUCGAAAAGGAUUUCUCAGUUGACGAGAUUCUGAGGAUAUGUGGAUUAUUAGAGGUAAACGGUCACGAAGUGCCGACGACAGAUCCGCCCCACGUGGCAAUCUAUAGCACAGCAUCCAUGUUGGAGCACAACUGCCAGGCCAACUGCAGCAAAUCGUUCAGCAGUGAGGGAGACAUCAUCAUCCACGCAGCGGAGCCGAUCAGGCGCGGCGACCACCUUUCCAUCUGCUACACCGACGCCCUGUGGAGCACCAGCACCCGGCGUCAGCACCUCAUUGAGACCAAGUACUUCUCGUGCGCCUGCACCAGGUGUUCGGAUGUCACCGAGCUUGGCACCUACUUCAGUGCUGUCAAGUGUCUUGGACUUGACUGUAAUGGCCUUGUGCUACCUCCCUCGUUCUGCACAGGAGGAACCGUUGACUGGAAUUGCAACGAAUGCGGGCGACACAGACCUUGGCCGGAAAUAAAGAAAAUGCUGGAUAAAGUCGCUUUCGAGCUGCAACAACUGAACAGAGAUGAUCUCAAGGAAUGCAAAAUGUUUUUGGAAAAGUGGAGCUCGACACUGUCGAAGCGACAUUUCUAUCUGACUGAAAUUGCAUUGAGUGUAGCCCAACAGUAUGGGCAGAUAGAUGGAAUUAACAAUCUGCCUGACGAGGAUUUGAAUCAUAAGAUUCAGCUGUGCUUGGAUAUGUCUGAUCUCAUUGAUACGUUGGCUCCUGCCGAAUGUCGAAUAAGAGGUGUGCUUGCUUAUGAGCUGCAUGCAAGUACUGCCGAAUUAGUACGCCGCAGUACUGGACUUACUCAUGGCGAAAUUGUACAACUGCUCACGGAAUCGAAAGCCUAUUUGAUGAAAUGCAUCGCCUGUCUCUUCAAGGAACCCGAAGUGAUGCCUGAGGGAAAAUUGUUGAUUGAAGCAAAAAAAUCACUUCUUCAGCUGGAAAAUGUUUUGAAAUCUCUAGAUCAAACAGCAAGUCAAAUGAUGUCUUUGUAGAUGUCCGUGAUAGAAUGUUAUAUUUGUAAAAUAAAUUCACACAAUACUCUGAGUA